AUGCAGCUGUCUCUCCUCUGCGUUUGGACGAGCUGGAUUUUAACUCUGUACACCGCAGCUCAGCAUCAUCCUCACCGGGAGGAAGAAGGCGCGCAGCCCGGGCACCGGGAGGGCGUCCAGACCGGGUGGAGGGGGCAGCGCACCGGCAGACCCGGUCCGCCGCGGCUGGACGCCAAUAAGCCGGCGGCGGUGAGGGAAAGCCGGGAGAAGCGACGCAGAGGGGAGGCCGAUGGCCGCAGGAGAGCAGCUCUGAGCGGUCCUCACGUCUGUGGAGAUCAGUGUUGUGUCGGAUGGACUUUGUCACCUAAAACCAGGAGGUGCACCAAACCCAGGUGUUUUCCUCAUUGCCAUAAUGGAGCAUUGUGCCGGCAGUCUAAUCGCUGCAUUUGCCGACAAGGUUUCCAUGGUUUUCGCUGUGAGUUUUCCACGGUGACGUUUUCUCUGCCAGGACAGCUGCUGACCUCCAUCCAUCCCACCAUCAUCCCACACCAGCCUGCGAUCCAGUUCAGCCCCCCCAACAACCCUCCAGCACCAACCACCACCCCUCAGAGAGUCACCAAACCUGCUCAAAGCCACUUUAUUGCAGCUCAGUCUGACCUCAGACCUUCAUCCAUCUUCUACUCCACCUGA